GACAUUUGAUCUGGGUUGGGCUGGCUGACACCCAGCUGCCUCCCCACCCACUCCACGGAUUACUUGGGUCUUGAACUCCAUCCUCGUUUGUAUGAGUGCCAUUGGGUGCAUGACUCGAGGGGCACUCGGACAGCACCACCUUGCUCUCUCCUCCGUCACUUUGCAAUUGCUCGGUCCUGCCUUGGCCCUCGCCGUCACCUUGAUAGCCUCCAACAAUAACUCUCAGCGUUACGGCCUUGCUCUACCGUCCAGGACCGCGAGUUAGUUAAACAGGUUUGACACAUCCGUUGGGAGAGAGGAUUUCGAGGUCGAAAUCGGGGUUGGG